AGAAGCUUAAGCUUCUGCCAAACAAAAGAAAAUAGCACUUCCGGUCCCGCCAACGUCGCGUUGCGGCUUUCUUCGUCAAGGCUCAAGGAUCCCAGUGCGUGUCAUGUAAUUCAACCUGAGCUGCAAAAUGACCUGCUUCCUAUUCAUCUUCCCCCUGAGAAGAGGAAACAUCCAAUGCUCUGAAAAGUAAAGAUACUUGCCCAAGGUCACAUAGCAAGCUCUGCUCUUGCCAGAGGGACAGGAGCUAUGGCUCAGAAAAUGGACUGUGGUGCGGGCCUCCUCGGCUACCAGGCUGAGGCCUCGGUAGAAGACAGCACCUUGCUUAUGCAGACCCUGAUGGAGGCCAUCCAGAUCUCGGAGGCUCCACCUACCAACCAGGCCACAGCAGCUGCCAGCGGGCAGAAUUCUAGUCACCAGAGUUCACGGCCCCCAACAGCCAGUGAGAUGGCUGAUAUUCAGGCUUUAGCAGCUGCCGCUAGGCCUAACACAGCCUUUAAGGCCCAGAAUGCCACCACAAAAGGCCCAAAUGAUGCCUAUGAUUUCUCUCAGGCUCUUAAUGCCAAGGAGAUGCCCAACACACCACCUAAGGGAGCCUUUAAGUCCCAGAAUGCCACCCUUAAGGGCCCAAAUGCUGCCUAUGAUUUUUCCCAGGCAGCAACCACCAGUGAGUUAACUGCCAACAAGUCCGGGAUGGCCUUUAAGGCCCAGAAUGCCACUAGUAAGGGGGGGCCAAAUGCCACCUACAGUUUCUCUCAGUCUCUCAAUGCCGGUGCGAUGGCCAACACUCAGCCUAAGACAGCCUUCAAGGCUUGGAAUGACACCACUAAGGCCCCAACAGGUGAUACCCACACCCAGAAUGUUAACCAGGCCAAGAUGGCCGCUUCACAGGCUGACAUAGAGGCCGACCCAGGUAUCUCUGAAUCUGAUGGUGCAGCUGCACAGACAUCAGCAGAUGGUUCCCAGGCUCAGAAUCUGGAGUCCAGGACUAUAAUUCGGGGCAAGCGGACCCGCAAGAUUAAUAACUUGAAUGUGGAAGAGAACAGCAGUGGGGAUCAGAGGCGGGCUCCACUGGCUGCGGGGACCUGGAGAUCUGCACCAGUUCCAGUUACCACUCAGAACCCGCCUGGUGCACCCCCCAAUGUGCUCUGGCAGACCCCAUUGGCCUGGCAGAACCCAUCAGGCUGGCAAAACCAGGCAGCCAGGCAGACCCCACCAGCACGUCAGAGCCCCCCAGCUAGGCAGACCCCACCAGCCUGGCAAAACCCAGUUGCUUGGCAGAACCCAGUGAUCUGGCCAAACCCAGUCAUCUGGCAGAACCCAGUGAUCUGGCCAAACCCCAUUGUCUGGCCUGGCCCAGUUGUCUGGCCGAACCCUCUGGCCUGGCAGAAUCCACCUGGAUGGCAGACCCCACCUGGAUGGCAGACCCCACCGGGCUGGCAGGGUCCUCCAGAUUGGCAAGGCCCUCCUGACUGGCCACUGCCACCCGAUUGGCCACUUCCCACUGACUGGCCGCUCGCACCUGACUGGAUCCCCACCGAUUGGCCAGUUCCACCUGACUGGCAGAACCUGCGACCCUCACCAAACCUGCGCCCCUCUCCCAACUCACGUGCCUCACAGAACCUGGGUGCCUCACAGCCCCGAGAUGUGGCCCUUCUUCAGGAAAGAGCAAAUAAGUUGGUCAAGUACCUGAUGCUUAAAGAUUACACAAAGGUGCCCAUCAAGCGCUCAGAAAUGCUGAGGGAUAUCAUCCGUGAAUACACUGACGUUUAUCCAGAAAUCAUUGAACGUGCGUGCUUUGUCCUGGAGAAGAAAUUCGGGAUUCAAUUGAAGGAAAUUGACAAGGAAGAACACCUGUACAUUCUCAUCAGCACCCCUGAGUCCCUGGCUGGCAUACUGGGAACGACCAAAGACACACCCAAGCUGGGUCUCCUUUUAGUGAUUUUGGGCGUUAUCUUCAUGAAUGGCAACCGUGCCAGUGAAGCUGUCCUCUGGGAGGCACUACGCAAGAUGGGACUGCGUCCUGGAGUGAGACAUCCUCUCCUUGGAGAUCUGAGGAAACUUCUCACUUAUGAGUUUGUAAAGCAAAAGUACUUGGACUACAGACGAGUGCCCAACAGCAACCCUCCUGAGUAUGAGUUCCUCUGGGGCCUCCGUUCUUACCAUGAGACUAGCAAGAUGAAAGUGCUGAGAUUCAUUGCAGAGGUUCAGAAGAGAGACCCUCGUGACUGGACUGCACAGUUCAUGGAGGCCGCAGAUGAGGCUUUGGAUGCUCUGGAUGCUGCUGCAGCUGAGGCCGAAGCCCGGGCUGAGGCGAGAACCCGCAUGGGGAUUGGAGAUGAGGCCGUAUCUGGGCCCUGGAGCUGGGAUGACAUUGAGUUUGAGCUGCUGACCUGGGAUGAGGAAGGAGAUUUUGGAGAUCCCUGGUCCAGAAUCCCGUUUACCUUCUGGGCCAGAUACCACCAGAAUGCCCGCUCCAGAUUUCCUCAGACCUUCGCCAGCCCCAUUAUUGGCCCUGGUGGUACAGCCAGUGCCAACUUUUCUGCCAACUUUGGUGCCAUUGGUUUCUUCUGGGUUGAGUGAGAUGUUGGGUAAGUACAUCACUUUGGAUUGGGUAGUUAGGGUCACUGGAAGAUAUAGGGUCCAUGGGAAUGUAUUUAUGUGCAUGAGCUGGGAGUCCUAGGAAACCCAUGGUGGGGAGACGAGGAAAGUAUGGGGAAGCACUAUUGGGUAUUGUUAUUCCUUACUAGUUGAUAUAUAGUAUUGAUUUUUAAAUUUUUUUCUUUCUUGUGUUCACAGAUAUUGCUAAUCAGUUGCAAUAGUCUGUCCCCUGAGUGAGGCUGAAGCCUCAGAUUCCUUCUAAACACAUCUAUCUAGAGAGCCACAUCCUGUUGACUGAAAGUGGCAUGCAAGAUAAAUUUAUUUGCCGUUCCUUGUCUAUUGCUUUUUUUCCCCCUUGUGUGCUGUCAAGUUUUGGUAUCAGAAAUAAAUGUUGAAACUGCAAAGUGAA